CGCUGCUCACCAGGUGAGAGAAGAUAUCCAAGACUUUCAAUCGAAUCGUUAAGACUGUUGGAGUUCGCUGAAUUCCAUCGACUUGUACCAAAACUCUCAGCUUUUCUUCGACUUCCGCCGACUCUUUCGAUACCGUUCUUUUUUCUAUUCAGGUUUACAGUUAUAUCUAGCUAGAGACCAUCACAAUGAUCAUAAAAAAUCAAUUCGCGAAAGAACUACAACAAUGUCACAUACCAGCAAACAGUUUACGAUCGAUACCUCCAAACCCGUUGCGGUGACCGGAGCCACCGGAUACAUCGCCGGCGUCUUGGUGCAGCAGCUGCUCGAACAAGGAGUCACGAUUCAUGCAUCUGUCCGCGAUCCUAGCAAAAAGGACCACCUCCAGUACCUGCAAAAUCUUGGCGAGAAGAACCCCGGAACGAUCAAAUUUUUCAAAGCGGAUUUGCUGGAGGAAGGGAGUUUCGCCAAAUGCUUUGAUGGGUGCGAAAUAGUCUUUCACACAGCGUCACCGUUUCAAUUAAGCGUGGAUGAUCCUCAGAAGGACCUUAUUGAGCCUGCUGUUAAGGGAACGAAGAACGUGCUGAAUACAGUCAACAACACUCCUUCGGUCAAGCGUGUGGUACUCACCUCGUCAAUUGCAGCGAUUUAUACCGACUCCUCCGAGUCCAAAAACAACCCUCUGAACGAAGAGACCUGGAAUCGUACGGCAAGCUUAAAAUACAAGCCGUACAAUUUGAGCAAAACGUUGGCGGAACAAGUUGCGUGGGAGAUGGCAGGUAGUCAGACUCAGUGGAAACUUGCAACGAUAAACCCGUCCAUGGUGUUGGGCCCUGGUGCGCGAUUCCAUCCUAGCUCCACGUCUUUCAAAAUGAUGAAGUCUCUCGGAGACGGAAGCAUGAAGGCGUGUCCCAACAACGGUUUCGGUGUGGUCGACGUUCGCGAAGUGGCAACUGCACACAUUGCUGCUGCGUACAUUCCUGACGCCAAGGGGCGGCAUAUCCUCAACGCGGAAAACACAGGCUUCUACGAAAUUGCGAAGGCUUUGCGCUCUCACUUCCCAAAGUACCCCAUUCCUUCCUAUAAAAUGCCAAAAACAUUGCUGUGGUUGAUUGGGCCAACAAUGGCGGGUACAUCCCGUAAAGAAAUAUCCAAUAAUUGCGAGGUGAUUCCGAAUUUCGACCACACCAAAUCUGUUCAAGAGCUAGGUAUUAAGUAUCGACCCGUCGCUAAGACAGCGGAAGACAUGUUCCAACAGCUUGUUGAUGAGGGCGUUGUCGGAAAGAAAUAAAUUACGAGGGAUUGAACUGACCGUGAGUUCACUUACAGUCAAAAUCAUGGUUAUAUUUUUUGUGAAAUUGUUUCCUCUGGAACGCAAUUGAGCUUAACUAUUUAGGUUUUUUAUCUUACUC